UAACCCCUAAUUUUCUCUCCCUAAAAUCAGACACCUACACCCACUUUCUCUCUCCUAGGGUUUUUUUCAGCUUUGCAACAGUCUCAGCACAAAUUUGGUUUCAGUCAAGUGGAUUGAAGUGGUGGUCUGAUUACAAGUUCCAAAAGUGCAUUUGACAACCAGAUUUGUGCCUACAGAACUUGCAGUGAGACGUUAGGGCUUGGAUUGGGAAGCGAGAAGAAGGCAGAGUUGCAAUGUUUCUCUCCCUGUUUCUUCCAAUUAGCUUCUCAGCAUUUUGAUGAGGGGGUAAUCGAAACAAGUGAAACAGAUACUCCUACAGUUAGCCAUGGAUCAGCCAGAACAGACACAGCCACAGCAGCAGCAGCAGCAUCAAGUAGUGGGGGUUGUAGCUGGUGCUGGUCAAAUGGCGUAUGGUACUUCUCCCUACCAAACUGCUCCAAUGGUGGCUUCUGGUAGUCCUGCAGUGGCUGUUCCUUCUCCAACUCAGCCUCCCGGUACUUUCCCUGCUCCUCCACAUCAGCUUGCCUUUCAACAAGCCCAGCAGUUCCACCACCAACAGCAGCAUCAACAGCAGCAGCAGCUUCAAAUGUUCUGGUCGAAUCAAAUGCAGGAAAUUGAGCAAACAACUGAUUUCAAGAACCACAGCCUCCCUCUUGCUCGGAUCAAGAAAAUAAUGAAAGCUGAUGAAGAUGUGAGGAUGAUUUCAGCUGAGGCUCCAGUAGUAUUUGCAAAGGCUUGUGAGAUGUUUAUCCUGGAGCUGACUUUGCGCUCUUGGAUCCAUACAGAAGAGAACAAAAGGAGAACACUUCAGAAGAACGAUAUUGCUGCUGCCAUUUCAAGGACUGAUGUUUUUGACUUCUUGGUUGAUAUCAUUCCUAGAGAUGAGCUGAAAGAGGAGGGUCUUGGGGUCACUAAGGCUAGUAUUCCAGUGGUGGGUUCCCCAGCUGAUGCUAUUCCAUAUUACUACGUUCCUCCCCCACCAGUAGGACCUACAGGCAUGAUCAUGGGGAAGGCAGUUGAUCAAUCAUCGAUCUAUGCUGCCCAACAGCCUCGACCUCCUGUGCCUUUCAUGCCAUGGCCACAGGCGCAGUCUCAGCCCCAGCAACCCCAACAGCAGCAAACAGAUACUUGAUGACUCGGGCCAAGGUGUGUGCCUUCUGGGGCCCUGUUAGAGACAAACCCUUAUCGUGUCUUUAGUCAUAGUGUAGUUGCUUUGUAGUAGUAGUGUUAGUAGACAAUUACAGAGCUGAAACUAGUAGAUGAUACCAAAUCAAAUGUGAGGCACUCAGCAUCCUGUAAUAGACUUUGUGUUGCUCUUAAUUUGAGGUGUCCUCAGGAGAAGUGUUGUUUUGUGGAAGAAGAGGAUGUUACCCCUUUUGUCCUUGAAUCAAUCUGUAUGAGCAAAACAUCAAUUCUGGUUUGCAUGGAUUAUCACUUUCUCAGUUGCAGUAGUUUCGCUUGUUAUACAUCAUUUAUCAGAUACUAAUUCAUAAUUUAGAAGCA